AAAAGGAUGAAGGUUGAUAUACAUAAUCAUAUUUUACCAAAGGAAUGGCCCGAUUUAAAGAAGAGGUAUGGCUACGGUGGCUUCGUCCAGCUUCAUCAUCACUGCCAGGGUGAAGCUAAGAUGAUAAAGGACGGGAAGCUGUUUCGUGUGAUUCAAGAAAACUGCUGGGAUGCAAACGCGCGCAUUCGAGACAUGAAUCAAUAUGGUGUCACAGUUCAAGCCCUAUCCACCGUUCCUGUUAUGUUCAGCUACUGGGCCAAACCGCACGACACUCUGGAUCUAUGCGUCCUUUUGAAUGAUGAUUUGGCCCAGACGGUGAGCAGCCACCCCAAAAGGUUCGUGGGUCUGGGGACACUGCCCAUGCAAGCGCCCGACCUGGCCGUACUGGAGAUGCGGCGCUGUGUACAGGAACUAGGUUUCCCCGGCGUACAGAUUGGCUCGCAUAUAAACAACUGGGACCUAAAUGCGUCUGACCUUGAUCCUUUCUAUGCUGAGGCUGAAGCGCUGAAUUGCUCCAUUUUUGUGCACCCCUGGGACAUGCAGACGGAUGGGAGGAUGGCUAAGUAUUGGCUGCCCUGGCUGGUAGGCAUGCCCACAGAGACAACAAUGGCUAUUUGCUCAAUGAUUUUUGGAGGUGUCUUUGAGAGAUUUCCAAAACUGAAAGUCUGCUUUGCUCAUGGGGGGGGCUCCUUCCCAUUCACAAUUGGUAGAAUUGAACACGGCCACAAAGUUCGUCCAGAUUUGUGCGCUAUGGACAACGAAACCAAUCCCCGGAAAUACCUUGGUUCUUUUUAUACCGACUCCCUCGUUCACGAUCCUGUCUCCCUGAAGCUGCUGACUGACGUCAUUGGAAAAGAUAAAGUGAUGUUGGGGACUGAUUAUCCCUUCCCACUGGGAGAGCUGCAACCUGGAUCCCUAAUUGAGUCAAUGGAGGAAUUUGAUGAAGCUUUAAAGGAUAAGCUGCUGGCCGGAAAUGCACUGGAAUUUUUGGGCCUUGAAAAAGAACAAUUUGAGUAA